UGGUUAAGCAAUCGGGUACUAGCCAAAAAGUUGUCGGUUGGAACCCAACCAGAGGGACCUUGGGAAACAGGCCUGCCAUCUGCUUCUGAAAUGCCACAGCCUUGAAAAUCCUAUGGAAUAAUUCUACUCCGCACACAUGGAGUCACCAUGUGUUGGAAUAGCCUUUACAGCAACUAAGAACAACCGACAGCUACCUUUCAAAAGUGUUCUUUAGGGCUCUAGGUUUUUGUUUGUUUUUUUGGUGUGUGUGUGUGUUUGAGUUGGAAACAACUCCACCGCAUUUUUUUUUUUUUUUUUUUUUGGACGGGAGGAAGGUUAUUAUUGUUAGCUCUGGGGCUUCUUGUUUUCUGGUAUUCUCACAAUUGGAACGUUCUUUAGCAAAUUGAGUCCCAAACGGUUCCUUUAUUACUUCCUUUAAUUUCACUGAAUUGCUAAAAGUUGAAAAGAGAAAUUUAAAGUGACAUAUCUAUUUAUUAUUAUUGUUGUCACGAUUUUAGGCUUGACUUGCCUUAGAUCACACAUGAGUGGAGGUCAAAUUUCUUUGAUUUUAUAGUUUUUUUUUUUUUUUGCAGAAAAUGCCAAGACCAAGUUCUAACGCUGGUUGGCCGCUGAUUGGGCAACCCUAGACGAGUCCCUUCCUCAGACUAGCCCAGCGCCACCUGAGGAGCCGCGAGUUCUCGGAUCGCCUCUAGGAGUGUGUAUUCCCUUUAGCUGUCACUCAUGUCUCACGUUCUCCCGCAGCCCCCCUCUAGACCAGUUGGGGUUUCCUUCAUCACACUCCUUGGGUGCGUCAUGUCAGUCGGCUUUAUUUGUCUCGUAAGCGUUGUUCCUGUCCCUCGAUGUCUGAUGGCUUUUGAGUUAAGUUUCCACUUCACCCAAGCGGAGGUACCGAAGCAAACACCUCUGGAAAGACCGGCAAUCGCCUUAGUCACUCAGAACGAGAUUCACAGAUUUAACUGAACCGCCCGCUGUCUUGCUUGCUGGGAAAUGUAGUACCUGGCCUGCCCUCUUUCUUCCAUUGCAGGUGCAAGCUGUCUCCGGAAAACUACAAUUCCCGGCAUGCCCAAAAGAGGAAAGGAUUACCAGGGUCGGCGGCUCACGUGAUCAUUCAGUAUGGCUUCCCUGUGUGGGGGUCCCGUUGUCGGGUGGUUCAGCAUAAUUUGUUAGUUUUUUGCGGCCGCUUACCUUCUCACGAUUUCGACAUGCAAAAAAUAAAAUCUCUCAUGACCCGACAGGGUCUGAAAAGCCCUCUGGAGAGCCUCAGCGAUCUUGGCGCCAUUGAGAGUCUCCGGGUCCCUGGAAAGGAGGAAUUCAGAGAACUUCGAGAACAAGCAACCGACCCUCAAGCUGAACAAGAACUAAUUAAUAGUAUUGAACAAGUAUAUUUUUCUACAGAUUCAUUUGAUAUUGUUAAAUAUGAGCUGGAGAAGCUCCCUCCUGUUCUCAAUUUGCAAGAAUUAGAGGAGUACAGAGACAAACUGAAACAACAGCAAGCUGCAGUCUCUAAAAAAGUAGCAGAUUUAAUCCUUGAAAAACAACCUGCUUAUGUAAAGGAGCUGGAAAGAGUUACCUCAUUACAGACAGGUCUUCAGUUAGCUGCUGUUAUCUGCACAAAUGGGAGGAGACACUUGAAUAUUGCAAAGGAAGGUUUUACUCAAGCUAGUUUAGGCCUUCUUGCAAACCAAAGGAAACGUCAGUUGCUGAUUGGACUUCUGAAAUCUCUGAGAACUAUAAAGACAUUGCAAAGAACAGAUGUUCGCCUAAGUGAAAUGCUAGAGGAGGAAGACUAUCCAGGAGCUAUUCAGUUGUGCCUGGAAUGUCAGAAAGCUGCCAGCACUUUUAAACAUUAUAGCUGUAUAAGUGAACUGAAUUCAAAGCUGCAGGAUACUUUAGAACAAAUUGAGGAACAAUUGGAUGUAGCUCUUUCCAAAAUCUGCAAGAAUUUUGACAUUAACCAUUAUACCAAGGUUCAACAAGCUUAUCGACUUCUUGGAAAAACACAGACAGCAAUGGAUCAACUUCAUAUGCACUUCACCCAAGCCAUUCACAAUACCGUGUUUCAAGUUGUGCUUGGUUAUGUGGAACUAUGUGCAGGAAACACAGAUACAAAAUUCCAAAAGCUGCAAUAUAAGGAUCUCUGUACACAUGUCACACCAGACAGCUAUAUUCCAUGCCUUGCUGACCUCUGCAAAGCAUUGUGGGAAGUAAUGCUUAGCUAUUACAGAACUAUGGAAUGGCAUGAAAAGCAUGACAAUGAGGAUACUACUUCAACUUCUGAAGGAAGCAAUGUGAUAGGUACUGAAGAAACUAAUUUUGAUCGUGGCUACGUGAAAAAGAAAUUAGAACAUGGGCUUACACGAAUAUGGCAGGAUGUUCAACUAAAAGUAAAAACCUACUUGCUUGGAACUGACUUGUCUAUAUUCAAAUAUGAUGAUUUCAUCUUUGUCUUGGACAUAAUCAGCAGGUUGAUGCAAGUUGGAGAAGAAUUUUGUGGUAGCAAGUCUGAAGUUUUACAAGAGUCUAUUAGAAAACAAAGUGUCAAUUAUUUCAAAAACUACCAUAGAACACGACUUGAUGAACUGAGAAUGUUCCUAGAGAAUGAGACCUGGGAGCUUUGUCCUGUUAAGUCAAAUUUCAGCAUCUUGCAACUUCAUGAAUUUAAAUUCAUGGAACAGUCUCGUUCACCAUCAGUCUCACCUAGUAAGCAGCCUGCCUCAACUUCCUCAAAAACAGUGACCCUGUUUGAACAGUACUGUAGUGGUGGGAAUCCAUUUGAAAUUCAGGCCAACCACAAAGAUGAAGAAACAGAAGAUGUCCUGGCUUCUAAUGGGUAUGAAUCUGAUGAACAAGAAAAGAGUGCCUAUCAGGAGUAUGAUAGUGACAGUGAUGUCCCUGAGGAACUAAAACGAGAUUAUGUGGAUGAGCAGACAGGCGAUGCCCCUGUGAAAAGUGUUUCUCGAGAAACCCUAAAAAGCAGGAAGAAAUCAGAUUACAGCCUAAAUAAAGUGAAUGCACCCAUCUUAACAAAUACUACAUUGAAUGUAAUAAGACUUGUUGGAAAGUAUAUGCAGAUGAUGAACAUUCUUAAGCCAAUUGCAUUUGAUGUUAUCCAUUUCAUGUCUCAACUAUUUGAUUAUUACUUGUAUGCGAUAUAUACAUUUUUUGGUCGGAAUGAUUCGUUGGAAUCAACAGGAUUAGGCCUUAGUAGUAGUAGAUUAAGAACAACUCUAAACAGAAUUCAAGAAAGCCUUAUUGAUCUGGAAGUUUCAGCUGAUCCUACUGGCACACUCACAGCAGCAGAAGAGAGAAAGGAGAAGGUACCGAGCCCGCACCUCAGCCAGCUAGUGGUUUUGACGUCUGGGGAUACGUUAUAUGGGCUGGCAGAAAGAGUGGUAGCCACAGAAUCCUUGGUAUUCUUGGCUGAACAAUUUGAGUUCCUUCAGCCCCAUCUGGAUGCUGUGAUGCCUGCAGUCAAAAAACCCUUUCUUCAGCAAUUUUAUUCUCAGACGGUCUCAACUGCCAGUGAACUUCGCAAACCAAUUUACUGGAUUGUAGCUGGUAAAGCCAUUGAUUAUGAACAAAUGCUGCUCCUCAUGGCUAAUGUGAAAUGGGACGUAAAAGAAAUUAUGUCACAGCACAACAUAUAUGUAGAUGCAUUAUUAAAGGAAUUUGAACAGUUUAACAGGAGGUUAAAUGACGUUUCUAAGAGAGUACGGAUCCCCUUGCCUGUGUCUAAUAUCCUGUGGGAACAUUGCAUCCGACUAGCUAAUAGAACUAUUGUGGAAGGAUAUGCCAAUGUCAAGAAAUGUAGCAAUGAGGGUCGUGCCUUGAUGCAAUUGGAUUUUCAACAGUUUUUAAUGAAACUUGAAAAGCUAACAGAUAUUAGACCCAUUCCUGAUAAAGAAUUUGUGGAAACUUAUAUUAAAGCCUACUACCUGACCGAGAAUGACAUGGAACGCUGGAUCAAGGAGCACAGGGAGUAUUCAACAAAGCAGCUGACCAAUCUGGUGAAUGUGUGCUUGGGAUCCCAUAUCAAUAAGAAAGCAAGACAGAAACUUCUGGCAGCUAUAGAUGAUAUAGACAGACCCAAAAGAUAAUGAACACAGCUUUUUUUCCUCAGUGGCACUUAUCUUCUCUUAACAUAUAUGACGUGAAAGCCAGUUUUUCAUGCACUCCUGACAACUGUCUGCUAAGAAACUUGUGCAUGUUCUUUCUACCGGGAAAGUGGAAAACAUCUAAGUUUGUGUGGUGUUCUCACUUGACUUUUAUAUGCUCUAGUCCCUUCUCUUCAACUUUCGACCUCAUUUGUUGUAAUCCCUUCCUAAAAUGAUAUUAUUGCCUGUCGUAGCUAUUGUUAUGUGACUACAAUGAUAAUAUUUUACAGAAGAAUGUACCUUAAGUCUAAAAUUAGAAGGAACAGUGGGAAAUUUUUGGAGAAAGAAUUUCAGUGAAAAUAUGUUGGCAUUUUUCUACCUUCUGAACUUUGUUCUUAGUGAGCGUAAUACGAGAGGGUAAUGUACAGUAUCUCCUAAUUAGGGGCACUGCAUGAGCACUAAAAAGUAUAUGUGAGCAAAAAAGUUGAAAAUCCAGUAUGCUCUGUGUUUGUAAAUGUCAGAGUUUAUGUCAGAGUUAAUUUGGUCAUAACUAAAUGAUCAUAAAUGAUAAAAUUUAAUAAAUACUAUGCUCUAAUAUGACCAGGCUUUGUGAGACUGCUUUUUGAUAAUUUUUACAUAGCAGGCAGAUUUCAUGAAAUGAUAAUGCAUUUUUUUGGUAUGUACUAAUAUUAAUGAUCUUAUAUCCUGAAACCAAUGGUAAAAAGUAAUUUCACUGAGUAUAUAUUUUCAAUUCCUGAGUAGCACACAGAAUGGUGAUUGUGGGAUUUUCUUUUUUAAAAGAUGGGCAUUUUUCAUAUAAGCUUUCCUCUCUUUGAAUUUAUCUUCUGAGAACAGCGAAAUCUGGCUUGGCUGACUCAGGGAAAGAACUGUCAGCUACUCAAGUAUAAGGUCAUAUGUUCGCCUUUCUUAAAUGUCAGCAUUGUAUUGCAGAUGUAAAAUAAUGUGAAUUUAAACAAUGAUGAACUUUGGAGCUCAGUUAGCCUUUAGUAACUGUACUGCUGCUCCUCUAAAUUCUGAAGCCAAGGAUCUUUUCUCAACAUAUAUGACAUGAAAACCAAUUUCCCAUGAACUCCUGACAACAGUGUGAAAUGAGUUUUUGUCCGUGUUCUUUCCAACUGAAAAGUGGAAGACAUCUAAGCUUGUGUGCUGUUAGUCUACUGAUUACUGAGCGUGACCUAUAACAUCGGCAGCUCAUAGAGUCCUGAAGCAUCUCAGGAGAAACAGGCCUUGUGUUACGUGAAUCUUCUGGGAACUGAAGUGCUGACAUGGACGGCCAAGGGUCGCGUGUCAUCAAGCAGGUGAUGAGGAGACCAUUGCCUCUCAGUGUUCCUCAGUCCCUGAAGAUAUCCAUAACUGGGACGCUAAAACGCGGAACACUUUUAUAAUAUGUCUGUGUGUAUGGAGUUUAUUUUCAGCCUCUCCCUGUGCAGCAUUUGCUAUCACUGUAAUAUUGACAGUAAAAAUUCCCUCUGAUUAAAAAAAAAAAAUAGGAGUUCGGUGCCAUUAUCCUCUACUUGUAGAACUAGAUGGGUACUUAUAAGGUGGUUUCCGCCUGUAGCCAUUAUCCGCAGGCAGCCACGUGAAGAAAACAAACAUGAGAGAAGCUUGGGCCUUGUGUUUAAAUCACAUGCUCGCUGGGUACAUGAAGAGCUAAUCAGUUCGUAUUCAUUUCUCAGGUGAUUAGGAGCGACUUCUUUUUUACAUGGAGUUUUUAGUUGGCCUUUUUUCAUUUCUGCUAGUUGACCCUUGAUACUUUGAACAGCAGUUACCUGCCUGAUAGAACAAAGUGUUUUCCAGCGUUAAUAGUGAUUGUUACAAAAGAAUUAAUUUUGUUAGAGACUCAGCCAUGCAGUCACACAGACCUUUUAACCUACUCAUACUUCUGCUUUCUCUACCUUCAGACCAUUGUCUCUCUUAGAUGCUUUUUAAAAAAGUUUUCUUUUGCAUUGAAAGAUAGUUUAAUUAAGUGCUAACAUUAAAACUGGAGCAGCAGAUUUGAAUCAUUAAAUUACCUAAUAACAAAAGAGACAUUUCUCAAGUACAUUAUGCAGUGUUAUUGAAUUAUAACCAUACACUAUUUAGUGAAACUAAUUUUAAGGUAAAUAGAAUUGAAAGGCUGAGAAUCUAAAUCGAAUUAUACAUGUGCAAGAACUUUAGUGUUAACAGACAUUUCUUUCUGAGUCUACGUUUUCCAUAACUUGGACAUCAUGUGAAAGUGUCCUGUAGUAUUUUAAGUUGUUAUGGGAACAUGGUAAAUUAGUACUGCCCCUGAGAAGGAAUGAUUAUUUCUGCAAAUAUAUUGCCUUGCAUUAAAAAAAAUACCAAGGAGACACAUAGUAAUCCAAAUGAACUAGUUUGCUUCAGUUUACAAAACCUACAGAGACCUCCUAAGUUCACUUUGACUAAUAAGCUCGUUUACUCAAAUUACAAAAAGAAGUAGAAUUUCUCUUGAAUCUGGGACAAUAUGGUAUUUAUCAUAUCUUUAUGCAGAAUUUCAUUUGAAAUUUUCUAUUCAAUUAGUUCAAAUACCUUUUUUUACCCACUCACUAAAAUGUAGU